AUUUGACUUAACUGUUGUAUCUAUCGCUACUGAUAACUUUUCAAUAAACAACAAGCUUGGAGAAGGUGGUUUUGGACCUGUUUUUAGGGUAAGUUUGCUAUAUGCUAAUGACCAAAGGAUGUUAAAAAACAGUAAAUAAUUCAAGAAUCUUUAUUUUUGUAAUUGAUAAUUUUCAGGGAACUUUAUUAGAUGGCCAAGAAAUUGCUGUAAAGAGGCUUUCAAGGAAUUCUGGACAAGGAUUGACUGAGUUCAAAAAUGAAAUAUUAUUGAUUGCCAAACUUCAGCAUCGAAAUCUCGUAAAGCUUCUUGGUUGUUGCAGUCAAGGAGGAGAGAAAAUGUUGAUUUAUGAAUACUUACCCAACAAAAGCUUGGACACCUAUAUUUUCGGUUUGAAUCUAAAAAAACUAACAACUUCAAUUGUAUUGGUGUAUUUCUUGUUUUCUUAGUUUUAAUGGUUGUCAUGAGAAUUGAAGUUGGGGAAGAGACUAAUUUGUUAAAUGGAAAAUUUACCAGAUAGAACAAGAGGUAAAUUGUUAAAUUGGUCAAAACGUUUUCACAUCAUCUGUGGAAUUGCUCGGGGACUUCUUUACCUUCAUCAAGAUUCAAGGCUUAGAAUAAUACACAGAGAUCUCAAAGCAAGUAAUGUGUUACUUGAUAAUGAGCUAAACCCGAAAAUAUCAGACUUCGGGAUGGCUAGAAUUUUUGGAGAGCAAAGCGAAGGAAAUACAAGUAGAGUGGUUGGGACAUAUGGUUAUAUGGCACCAGAAUAUGCUUUUCAUGGGUUGUUCUCGGUAAAAUCUGACGUCUUCAGUUUUGGUGUUCUGUUGUUGGAGAUAAUAAGUGGGAAGAAGAACAGAGGGUAUCUUUCAAACUACCGCCACAAUCUUAUUGAACUUGCAUGGAGAUUGUGGACUGAAGAGAGGGCACUCGAACUGAUAGAUACAUUAGUUGAGGACUCGUGCAUUUUACCUGAAAUAUUCAGAUGCAUCCAUGUGGGUCUCUUGUGUGUGCAACAUCUUCCAGAGUAUCGACCAAACAUGUCAUCAGUGGUUCUAAUGUUGAGCAGCGAGAGCGUAUUGCCUCAGCCGAAGCAACCAGGUUUCUUGAUAGAAGUACAUAAUGAAGCUCAUCCCUCAUCAAGCAACAAUGAAUCUUGUUCAGCCAAUGAGAUGACUGAUACAUUUUUGGAGGCUCGUUAGCAGAACGGACUAAUCAGCACUGUUAAAUAAGUAAUAGUUUGCUAUUUCAGUCUUUGAAAGUUCAUCAUCUAUUCGAGUCUGAUAUGUUCGGCUGAGUCAUAUCCAAUUUGUGGAACUUUCAGUCCAAUACCAUUUUAUGUUUUAUGUAAAUCACUUGUCUCAUUUGACUCGUGGUAAACUCCGAAACGUCUCAAUCAAUUCGGUUAGAUCGAGUCAUUGUCAUAAACUCGAAGUGUAUCAACCCUUAGAGUUAUGCUACGUUGUGAUAUGACUUGAAUUUUUUAUAGUGUUCAAACGCUUUUUUAUCCAUUAU